CAUUCUCUCUCUGCUAAUUGCUUACUCUUUCUCCAUCUUUAUCCUCUCUCUAACCAAGUCAUGAAUCUUGACCUUGUCUUCCUCUCAUUCGCCACCCAAACGCACAUAUAUAUCCAUACACAUCCACGCACUCACCGAAACAGAGAACAAUAACUUGUUCAACAUCGCUUCAAUCUUCUCUCACCAGAAGCUGACACUUUGCUGAUAUUUCAAGGAUGGGAAACUGUUGCAGAGCUGAGUCUUCGUCGUCGUCGUCGUCGUCGUCCAUGAUCUGGGCCGGCGAGGAUUGGAACUCGCUCCGUAGUGAUGGAGGAGAGAGCAAGAGGCUUCUUGGCGAUGCUGAUGGAAAGAGGGUUUCUUCUUCCUCUUCUUCUUCGCGGCGGAGAGAGAUCAAGAUCAAGAUCAGUAAGAAGGAGCUGGAGAAGUUGGUGGAGAAGAUCGAGGCUCAAGGACUGUCUCUAGAGCAAGUCUUGCCUCUUCUGAUUAACAAGAACUGCUUUGAUCGUCGUCAGUCGAGUUUCGCGAAGCGCGGCGGUCAUUGUUCAUGGAAGCCGGCUUUGCAGAGCAUUCCGGAGGCCAACUAAAAGAAGUUUUCUCAU